UGUCCCGAUUCACUGGGUUCUCCGAUCGUUACCACGUAGUUAUACGGCCAUUGUGUAAAAAGUAAGCGCGCUGGCGGGUAGUGCACGCUGAGGACGGACGGACGCUUAGUUUUCAUUAGAAUUUUUAUUGUUGUGAUAUUAGAUUGUGCCAAGCCAUAAGGAAAUAAACGAAAGACAAAAACGCAACGAUGGAAGACGACCAACAGUUCUGCCUUAGAUGGAACAACCACCAAAGCACACUGAUCCAGAACUUCGACACACUUCUGGAAAGCGGCACAUUAGUCGACUGCACUUUGGCGGCGGAGGGGAAAUAUUUAAAGGCCCACAAAGUGGUCCUCUCCGCGUGCAGUCCUUACUUUGAGGGCCUCCUCAGCGAACACUAUGACAAGCACCCAGUUUUCAUACUCAAAGAUGUUAAAUUCAAAGAGCUCAAAGCCAUGAUGGACUACAUGUACAGGGGAGAAGUUAACAUCUCCCAAGACCAAUUGGCAGCGCUUCUGAAAGCUGCUGAGUCUCUUCAAAUUAAGGGACUCUCAGAAAGUAAAAGUGGCAGCAACUGUAACAGUAAAACAGACCAGAGGCAACAAAAGGUUGCGUCACAAUCCACAGCACAGUCGUUAGACAUUCCACAUCCGUCUUCCGGUCUUACUAUUGAAAAGAACAGCAAAGUUCCUAGGCAGAGUCUAUCGCAGACAUCCGUCGAAUUACCCGAAGACUCUACCAGCCCACAAAUUUCGAGAGGUCUAUCCUCCAGGGAAGGCUCCCUCAGCCCAACGUCAUUGAGAAAAAGAAAAAAAAUGAGAAGAAGAAGUAUUGGCGACGACAACUCUGUUGAAAAUCAUGAAGCAUCGAAUUCCAGUGAUCUGCCCCACUCGAUGGGUGUUCCAGCGCUCGGCAUAGCGCCGGUGGCAGAUGAGAAAGUUCAUGCUGACCCCACAGACUCUCUCGGACGGUCAGCUCUCAUGCAACAAUUGACCAAACCUGCGGAUGAGAUGCUACAGAUGCCAAUCGAAAAACCAGAGCCCAAUGACAACUUAAUAGAGCCAAAGUCAGAGUACCUGGAGGAUCCGGAGGAGAGUGUCGAAGACCUAACACUCGAUGACGAUAUGAAUGACCUCAAUGAAAUGGAACAAGAUAACCCUAGAGCCGGCCCAUCCCACGAUCCAAACCAACACCCUGGUCUUGCUUCGUGGCACGUUACUGGAGAUCGGAGUAAUGCGGGGGGUGUCGUAGGGGCGGUUGGUGGCACCCCCGGUACAACUGACGAGGUCUUUCUUGCAGCCCAGGAGGCCGCCCAGGCCCACCGAGACUCACAAGCUGAGGAUUUGAGCAUAACAGGGCUAAAGUGGGCAGCUGCGUGGCAGCGUUGGAGCGUUCCAUCAAUUAUGUGGCGUUCCGGUGCUGGUCUUAGCAAAAGAUUUAGUGUUGGUUCGGCGAAUGCGGAAGGUGGAUUCAAUUGCCCAGCUUGUGGAAGGGUAUAUAAACUGAAAAGUUCAUUGCGCAAUCAUCAAAAAUGGGAAUGUGGUAAAGAACCACAAUUUCAAUGUCCUCAUUGUGUAUAUCGUGCUAAGCAGAAGAUGCACAUUGCACGUCACAUGGAACGCAUGCACAAGGAAAAAAUCUACAAGCAGGAAUUAGUUUAAUCACAAUGUCAGUAGACGAGAAAUAUCAAAAAAAUUCCUCUGGAUUAAUCAUUCUUUGUAAACUUGUCCCAUUCCUAAUUUAACCAUAGAAAUGGCAUUUCGAGCCAAUUGAAUGAUUGAGACCAAUUUUUUUUUUUUAGUUUUUUUCUCUCUGUUCAAUUUUAUUCUGAUUAUUACUACUAUAUUAUUUACUUACGCAAGUAUGGUUCACCGAUAUAUUUGUGCGUAAAUUUUAUCACGAGUAAUAAGAUGAGAAAAAAAUUUUGAAUAAAAGACAAAGUAAAAAGAGAAAAAAAAAAACAGAAGGAAAAAAUUAACUAAACAAUUAUAAAACGUUGCUGUUGCAGCUGAUUGAGGUGAUGAAAUACUGAAAAGAGAAAACGUUAAUCUCGCUAGGGGCAACUCUGUAUUAAACGUACUAUUAACUUAUAGGGAUAAUUUUAAUAUUAUUAAUUAGACGAUUUUAAUAAUUAUUUUUUUUCUACUUUUUUGCUUAAUCAUACAGAGUCAGUCAAUCUCAAUCAAAAUCAACGAAGAGAUUUUACAGAAAAAUACAAUAAUCAUCCACAACCAAUAAUGAUGACAGCUUUUUUUUAAAUAUUAUUCAUCAGUUUGUUCUUCUAAUUUUUUUUUUACCAUACUAAUAAUAACGAUUCCGAGUUGCUCCAAGCAAGAAUAAGACCUUUCCGGUUUUGCCGGAAACUCUUCCAUAGCAACCAUUCUGGUCACACUGGUUCCAUAUUUUUAAUAGAUAAUACGUUCGUGGAGGGUAUGUGGCUCACUGGGGACAUUUAAAUUUCAUUCCUUUGUAUAUUGACCUGAUAUAUAGCUAUAUAUUAUAAACGGCGAUUACAAUUUCCAUAUACAUACACAUAUUUUAAUGUUAAUAAAUGUACACAUAUGUAGAGAUACAGAAGUAGGGGAAAAAAGAACAAACAAACAAGCAAAACCAAACCAACGUCAACUCAUACGUACAUUCUAUAUACUUGACUCGUCAAUUUACGAUACUGCCUAUCACGUAUAUUGCAUACAUAAUGAUUACAUAUACCCAAAUAAUGAUUCCUAUUAUACAAUGCAUUUAAUAGUUUACAUAUUAUAUAAAUAGCAUCUUUUUUUUACAUCUUUUUCCUACGAUAAUUUAAUUAUUUUGUAUUAUCGCCGUAUAUAAUUAUCAGGUUCAAUGAAGAUCAAUAUUAUAAAGCUCAUAAGUUGGGUAUGGCUGUGAAAUGAGUUAAAAAUCAAUCUCUUGUGAGAAAAAAAGAAGAAACAAGAAAAAAUAAUCAAUCAAAAGUAUAAUUUGUUGAUUUAUUUUUUCUUGAAUUCAAUCUUUUCAUUAUAAUAGAACAACCAUACUUGCUGCUAAAAUUUGGCAAGUCCCAUAUUCCUAUGCCACGACAAACACACCCCAUGAACAACUAUCUAGAAUUAUAAACUCCUUUUUUUUAAUAAUUUUUUUAUUUAUUUUUUUUUUUUCUACAUUCUCCUUAAUAUUUUCCACACGUAGACAAUACUUAUGAAAAAGGAAACAAACAAACUAAACAAAUAUUCAUUGAUCACGCACGUGUAUAAUAAGGUUCACUCGAAUAUAAUAUGAUAAAUUCUAAGCACGAGAGAUCGAAAGAAAAAAGAAAAAAGAAAAAGAGAAGACGUAUUAAACGAAUUAAUGAAUAAACAAUAUUAUAGAAUAAUAAUGAGUCAUAUACGUACGUACAUAAUUGCCACAGAGUGGAAUGCUUUAUCAGGUUUAUUGAAAGUUUGUCUAUUGAACUAAGAAAGAAUGUGAUCGUUGCACCGACGAUAUAUAUUUUUCUUUUUUUCGUUCUUCUUUCUUUUUUCUUUCUCUAUUUUUGCUCUUUGUACGUACUAUAACAAUUGCGAUAUCAUAUCCCAAUGAUUGAUUAUUAAAAAUCGUAUGAUUAGCUGAUUGAUACGAUUAAUUCUUUUUAUUUUUUAGAAAUUAUUUUACUCUUUCCUCGUGUGAUCUAAACUCAGCUUACAAAUACAAAUAUUACAUAAUAAAUAAUGAUAUCAUAUAUAAGUAGCUAUAUAUACGCAAUAUGUAUAUGUAUAUAAUACAUACAUAUACGUAAAAUUCCGGAAAGUUAAACGAAAAAAAAAAACAAAACGAAAAGAUAAAUGGCAAUAUUCUCAUCUUUCAUAAAAAAUACUUUAUAAUAGUUUACACGCGUGAAACUAAAUUGAUUCAAAUAUUAAUAAUAAUAAUAAUAUUAUUAUUAUUAAUUAUUAAUGAUAAACAAUUUUUUUUUUUUUUAAUAUAUAAAAAUAAUAAUAAUAGUAAUAAUAUUAUAACAAUCCAUCAUAAUAAUUGAUAAUCAUGAUAUCGCCUUACGAGGCCUUUGCUAUAAUAAAUUAAAAGGGUCACUACCCGCUUGCUAUAAUCAUAAUGGCCACUAAUAAUAAAGAGAUUACUAGAUUCUACGGUCAAGUAGGUAUUAUAUAAUAAUAAUUAGAUUAUAAUUUGAGUUGCACUUUUUUUCACAAGCUUUUCUUAUCGUAUAUAUAUAUUUAAAUUAUAUACAAGUAUCGCAGUGAUCGCCGCACAGUAGAGAAAAAGAGAAAAAAAAAAAAGGAAAACAAAAAAAACCUAGGAAUUACGUUAUGUGUGUGUUUUAUUUUUGAUAUUUAUUUAUUAUUAUUUUCAUUUUUUUUAUUUUUUCUUCUUAUUCCGUUUUUUUUAUUUCUUUCUUUUUUUCGCAAAGUACGCGCACAGAUAAUUACAACACUUUUUUUUUCACUUUUUUUCCCACUUUCCAUUUUUCAUAAAUCUUUGAACAAACUUAUACACAAUCACAUAUGAUACGGUCGUUUUAUACAGCGUUGAAUUCUUUUUUUCUGCGCAUUUCUGGUUUUUUUUUUCAUUCCUUCUUUCAUUUUCAUUUAGUGAUUAAGUAUUCGAAGAUCCCUUCUGCUGUGCCAAUUUCAAUUAUAUAUAUCUUUCUUUAAAACAUAACAUAUAAAUACAUAUGAAUAGUUAUGUAUAUUUACAUAUAUCGUACAUAGGGUUUUUUUUUGUUUUUGACCGAUUAUUUUUAUUGUGCCCAAAAUGUUAAACAAUUUUCAGAGUAUAGAAAUUCGAAAAAAAAUCAACUAAGAGGAAGAGGAAUUGGAAAAGUUUUUUAAUUUUUUUUUUUUUUUUCAAUUUAAAAAAUUUUUUUUUUUCUGCUUCUAAAACGCAUAAAAUUUAAAAAAUAACCAGGAUGAGAUGAAAAAAGAAAAGAAUAAGCUUUGCCAAGCAAAACUUAGGUGUAUAAUGAGAUAGCUCUUCCUAAUCAAUGAAUUAUAUUAUGAAAUAAUAUUCGGUGCACUAUAUAGUUAUAAAUAUUUAGAUGAUAUUAUAAUAAGAUUUUCUACUAUCUAUAUAUAUAUGUUUAUGUAUAUAUGUAUACUGUUGUAAGCUCAUAGUAUAACAAAACGAAAAUCAUUCUAGGCCAUCUAUCGUUAUUAGGUAUACGUUAAAAACACAUGACCGAUCAUGAUAAUUAUCGAAAAUGAAUGAAAAAAAAAAUUGAUGAUAAUAAUAAUAACAACAACAACAAUAAUAAUAAUAAUGAUAAUGAUAUUCUGUUGACAUUAUAUUUGCUGCAAUGUUAUAACGAAAGAUUAUGUAUGUAAAAUCAAUACUAUUUUGCUAAUUGGGUAUAUACCUGCAUAUAAACAUACGUAUAUAUAUAUGUAUAUAUAGGAACAAUAUGUGGAAACUGGCCACUCCGUACAUCGCGAACGUUCAGAUAACGCUAGUCAGGCGUACGAAGUGGCCUAUUGUUUCUAUAUAUGUAUGUACAUUGUAUGUACAUAUACAUAUAUGUACGAAAUAUAUACAAUAUCGAUAAAUCGGGGGUAUCAAUUGAAUAUGUUUUCUUUAAUGAUUCAAUAUUACGAACUAUCUCUAUAUUGUUGUUGUUAUUAUUAUUAUUAAAAUUGUUUCAAUUUCAUUUAAUCUUGCUUAAAAUAAUUGAUUGUCAUUGACGAUAUGAAUAAUUCUGUCUACAUGUGCCUUCGAAAAAGUGAAGAAAAAAAAUUAUUAGAAUAAUGAAAAAAGAGAAUUUUAAAUCAGAAAAAAAGAACUAAUCAUUGUAUUAUAAUAAUAUAAGAUAUUAUUAUUAAUAUAUCGUAUCGAAUCGGGAUAAUGAGAGAAUUGGGGGAAAACAAUACGAAUAAAUAAUCAAAUGAACAAUUCAUUCGUUUAUAUUUAGAUUAGGAAACGAAAAACGAAAAAAAAAAAAAACUAAAAGAAAAAUUAAAAGAAGAAAAAAAUUUUCAUCUAACGAAUAGGGAAAUAAAUGAAAAACAAUAACAAUGUGGUAAAAAGAGAAUAUAUAUAAUAAUAUGAAUACGACGAUGAACCCAUAUUACUUUACUAUAUAAAAUUAUACUAAACUUUGAAGAAGGAAAAAAAAGAAAAAUAACAAAAAAAAAAAACAAAAAAAAAAGUCAAAUUAAAAACAAAACGAUUGUAAAAUCUAAAACAAAAAAUAUUAUUUCUAUAUUUUACGAUUGGUUUAAUAAUAUGAUAUACUACAUAUAUAUACCUAAAGCUUUUGUAUAUACAUAUAAUAAUUGGGCUUCUAAAAUGGAUUAUUAACAGUAAAAGAGAAAGAAAUCAAGUGAAUAUUCUGAAUGAAAAAAAAAUAAAUAAAAAUUAAAAAUUAAAAAAAAAAAAUAGAACAAUCGUCCGAACGAAGCUUAUAAUAUGAAAAUUGAAAAA